AUGCAUUCCUUUAUUCGCCCAAAUCAGUUCGUGGCGGUCAAACUACCCUCUGACCAGACUAGAAUUGUCAAGAUUGUCCCCGAUACAAUCGUGAGCCUAGGCAAAUAUGGCAAUUUCGCUGCCAACCAGAUUAUCGGCCGGCCACUCUACUUCACAUUCGAGAUCCUGGACUCACGCGACGAGACUGGCUACCAACUGCGGGUCGUGACAGCCACCGAGUUGCAUGCGGAGACUCUACUCACAGAAGGUGAGGGCGAAGGAGACGACGUCGAGACUGGCGAAGAUGGAGUACCGAUGCGCACCAAUCGCGAGACGAUCGACGAGCGAACAACGCAGAAAUUGACCGUGGAGGAGAUCGAAGAAUUGAAGAAAGAAGCUGGUGGCGCAGGACGAGAGAUUGUCGCAAAGCUCCUCGAGUCGCAUACAGCUUUGGAUCAAAAGACUGCCUUUUCGCUGGCAAAAUACACUCUGCGCAAGCGCAAGAAGUACAUGAAGCGAUUCACUGUCUACCCGCUGGAUGUCAGCCUCCUCGCCAAUUUCUUGCUGGAAGAGCGCGAUGCGUCAAAAUCCAUGGAGCUUCGGGACGAGCAUAUUGGUUUGAUUGGAUGCUGGGGCAAUGUGCACCACAGCGGAAACGUUGAAGUCGAACCAGGCAUGAAGCCCCAUGGUCGUUACUUCAUCGUCGAUGAGACGGGUGGACUUGUGGUCGCCGCAAUGGCAGAGCGCAUGGGAAUUCUAUAUCCCCACGAUGCCGAGGAAGAUCUGGAAGAUGAGGAAGAGUCCAUUCCCAUCAAAGAUGAGAACACCGAAGAAGCACAAGACGAGACUGCUCCUAAAAAGCGGCGCAUUCGACCUCAGCCUAUGUCUGCCACAACCAACACAAUCACUGUGGUCCACGCCUACUCACAACCAAACCUGUCACUCUUGAAAUACUUCGGCUACGAUACCAACAACCCUGAUGAAUCACACCCGCUCCACACCCACCUUAAAACUAUCUCCUGGAUGCAGUUGGUCGACCCUAGCUCCGACCCGCUCUACUCCAACGAACCACCCACGUUACCCGCCGAAGAAUUGACCGAGUUGAAACAAAGCAAACGCACAAACUACUACCACAAGCGCAACCGAUGGGAGCGAGUUAAAAACGUGGUGGAUGAGUCCCGCGCAGGAGACUUUGACGGUCUCGUUGUAUCUAGCUUGCUAGACCCAGCCAGCAUCCUGAAAACACUGGUUCCACUUCUCGCAGGCUCAGCCCCCAUCGCCAUCUACUCACCCACAGUCGAGUCCCUGGUCCAAUUGACAGACAUGUACUCCACAGCCCGAAGGACCGCCUUCAUCCACCGCAAGCGCGAAAUGGAAGAGAGCACACCCGAAGGAGAAACCCCUGAUCUUUCCUCCCUCUACGAAGAAUUCGUGGUUGACCCGACCCUCAUUCUCCCGCCUACAUUGCAGACAUCACGUAUCCGCCCUUGGCAAGUGCUGCCAGGCCGAACCCACCCUCUCAUGAUGGGACGCGGUGGUGCAGAGGGAUACCUCUUCCACGGCAUUCGGGUGUUCCCCACUGCGCAAAAUAUCCAGGCUGCUGGCAAUGUUCGCAAGCGCCGAAAAAUUGACUCGGGUCCGACAUCUACUUCUACCCCAAUUAGUGAUCGGGAUGUGGAGAUUGACGUCCUUGUCUAA